UGCUUGUAUAUCAACCUAGUCUCUUUACAUAUAAUGGAAUAAUUCAUGGUAUAUUUAAAUGUUGAAAAAAAUUGGAAAAAGUUUUGUUAAAGGAAAUAGUGAAAGUAGAAUUUUAUGAAAAUGGUGUACGUUGUAAAAGUUCGCGAGCAUGUGCGAAAAUACUUCAACCCGGAGGGCUUCGACUCGUUGGCGUUUCGAGACAUGGCCAAGCUGGGGCUACUGGCGCUGCUACUGUCCGAGCUGGUGGUCUACUUCUUCCUGCAGCAGAGCGCAGACCUUGGAGAGCUGCCCCACAAUAUUACAGAUGUCAUUAUAAUGAGCAUAUCGCUGCUGGAGUUCCUCGUGGUCCCGAUAAUCAGUGGGCUGGGCUCAGAGAGGAGAAGGAGCGUGCUAGUGGGAUGGACCAUCGCCGCUCUGAUCGUCACGGUGCCUCUGUUCGCGUUGCCUGACCCGGAUACUACUGUCGAUAAGGGUCUUUGCAUAACCGCAGUUCCACUAGUUCCUCGGUCUUUCCCCACGGGUGUCUCCGCGAAGGCUGCAUUCCGUCUGUCCAUGCUGCUCAUAUGCGGCGUAGUGAGCGCGCUCGGAAGAGCGGCCUUCUUUUCACAUGGACUUGCGUAUUUAGACGAGAAGAAUCCUUCCUAUAACCUGCAUAUGCAUGUUGGUCUCUUCAUCCUCUACCGCGUGCUGGUAUACACCCUCGGCAGCUGCAUGAGAACCAUGACCUUGGACCUGCCGUGGCUGCAGAUCCUGAUCAUCGUUAUCAAGUACCUGCUCACGCUGCUCCGGCUCUACAGGUAUCCUGAAGCGGUUCCGGUGCCGGAAAAAGAACGUCGAAGGGACGAAGGUCUAAUCCGUAGCAUGGGUCGCGUUCUUGGCAGUAGAGUGGGACUUCUGCAAAUCCUGGCAAUGGCUUUAUUGGCAGCUGCUUGGCGGGGCUUCGGGCUGCAUGAAGCGGCCUUCGUCCAGGUGAAAUACUACGUGCACCCGGACAACGAUUCACAACUGGGGAUGAUGAAUAUGAAUAUAAAACUGAUAUCCAUCGUAUUAGGAGUUAUUCUAGCUGGAUACAUGUACACCGCCCCCGUCAUGCCGAAGUUUGAUCGUAACGCAGCAGUCGCCAGCGCCGCCAGGAUGAGUUUCCUCGCCACCGUGUUCUACGUUGUAAUGACUGCGUUGCUGAGCUGCAAUCGAAGCGGGAUUGGAGGCUUGACCGAGCUUAAUUAUACUCAGCCUGCUUGUGGACGAAGCUGUGGUUGCGAUCGACCAUGGAUGGAGUAUAAUCCCGUCUGCGUCCCCGAGCAGAUGACGACGUAUUUCUCUCCUUGCCACGCCGGCUGUGCUACAGCUGACACAGUUAAUACCAUUGGCGUAUACUCGAACUGCUCAUGCGCGCCGGGUGGGCGCGUCACCAGAGGCGCGUGCGACGACGGCUCCUGCGCCAGCAUGUAUAAUUUACACCAAAUGUUUUACGUCACCAUUUGCUUGGUCAGCACUCUGGCGUUCAUAUGGCAGACCACCGUGUUGUUGGAGUCAGUGGACAAGCGUGACGUCGCGAUGGCGGUAGGCGUCGCGUCAAGCGUAGUGUCACUCGUCGCCUUCGUGGGGGCCCAAGGGUUCUACAUGGGGAUUAGCUUGUUCACGUGCGCGUUCACCCGCGGUUCCCAGUGUCUCCUCCAGAACGAUCACUUCGCUUCCUGGGUGGGGUACUCCAGUGCGGUCCUAGCUGGUCUAGCUUUCAUACUCACCGUAAUCUCCUGCGUCAUACUGAGAAGACAGAAGGCGCCGAAGGAAGAAGAUAUCUACCUUGGAUAGUGUAUAUAACAACAACAAACUUAGUUAUAAGUAAAUGAAACAAAUAAUGUGCCGAUAUAUUUUGUUGUAGUUUUUGUUAAUUUGGGUUAAAUUUGGCUGGUUUGAAGAGGGUGAAAUAAAUACGAAAUCUCAAUUUGGGACAAACGAAUUGUAUCAAUUCAUGUAUGUAAUUUUCCAUUGAGUUAUGAAAAUACUUAUGAUACGUUUUCGUACCUCGGUGGAUUUUUUAGAUAGUGUAGAUUUUUUAAGACAUAAAUGGUGAAAUUGUGCUUAUUAUACGAAUAGGGAACUCUAUCAAACCACCAAAUUUUUACCAAAUAUGACGAAAAAAAUCGACUUUUAUAACAUUCUGGGCUCUAUAAAGUAUCAGUUACUACAUAACUCAUAAGUGUCCUGAAAUGUGAUAGAUGUAGUAACCCCUUUAGGAAAUGCGUGUUAUAAAAGAUGACAAUGUAUUACUGUGAUAAUAAUUACUAUAAAUAAAUAGCGAACUAAUAUUGUAUUCCAUGAAGCAACUGUUGACGACAUAUUAGUUAUGAUAUAUUAUAUUAUGAUAUAUUAUAUAGAUGCAGUGCAUAGGUAAUUAUUUUCCAUCGUAUUUUCACGGAAACGUACAAACGUGUCUAUAUCAGUCAGUCUCGGCACAAAAAGUAGGUACUGAGGUUGACCGAACUAGCAUGACAAAUACGAACGUUUGCGCGAAAAUACGAUGGAAAACAAUUAUGCACUACAUCUGUAUAUCAUAUUAAAUACGAGUAGCCUGUUGCAUGUAGAUAAAAUUGUAAAAUGUUAAUUAUACUGUCUCCUUCAAGGGACGGGCAUUUGCCUAGUGUGAAGGUCUUUAAAUGUUGUAAAUAAUGUACAAUUAAUUUUAUUUCCGAAAUAAUAAUUUUUACUAGGUAUUUAAUUUAUUGAUUUAGUUUAGUUAUUAUAUCUAUCAACCUGGAUCUCGGAAUUUCGAUGAAAUUUGCUAUAUGGGAGUUUUCGGGGGCGAUAAAUCCGAUCUAGCUAGGUCUUAAACAAACAAACAAACAAAAUUUACUUUAUUCAUGUAGGCCUAGCAACAAGCUCUUAUGAAUCGUAAUUAAUCUUAAUCUAAUUAUCAGAGCAAUUUAUUGAUGUUAGUAUUAUUCCAUAAUAAAAUUGGAUUAUUAUACAUAUCAAAUUUAACACUAAAAAUUUCACAAAAGGAUCGUCAAACAUUAAAAAGAUUGUAUAAAAAAAAUACUAGUCUAGAAUUUCUAGAAUAAAAUCUAAAUGUCAAAAAAAAAAAAAAAAAAAACCAUAAGUAACAAAAGAAGUAGAUAGUAUUACAUCGGAAUAUCCAUUUCCUCAUCAAUAAUCAAAUAUACCUAAUAAAUAAAUAAUCAUUUCGAAUAACAAUUA